AUGACGCCGGCGUACGUCGACUCGCACUUGCGUAUCAAGCAUCAGUGCCGGCGGGCAGAAAUACACCGCCCACCGCAAGGCUGUCCGAGUGGCUGCACCUGCGGGCCGCGGCCGCCUGCAGAGCGGCCAGUCCUCAAGUACUUUGCCGUGCUUCCAAAUUAUGGGCAAGCGGCCGGGCGGAAGCAGGGAGGCUCACGCGAGGUCGUUGGCUACCUGCAGUUCGUGAUCGACUUUUGGGAGAACCUGCCAAACGUGGUCAUCUUCUCGCAGGACGACCGAACUCAGCUGCGGCCGGCUCCCUGGGGCAACCUGGACAUCCUCCGGCCGCAGCUCAGGGAGUGGAAAAAGCUGUGGGGCCCAGACAGGCCCCUCUCCCGCCGCAGCUGCAUGUGCGACUACUUGCGCGAGAACAGCUACCGCCAGGGAAAUUACUACUGGUACAAAUCCAUGAGUGCGAUGCAGGAGCGGCUGAUGGCCACAAACCUGAGCGCGCGGAGCCGCACCGUGACGUGGCCAAGGGCGGCGACCUUCGCCGCCUCGCGCUUCCAGAUCCGCGCGCAGCCCCUGUGGGCGUUUGAGCAAAUUCACCGCGUCGCUACAGUGGAGAGGGCUUGCGGCUCUGUGGGCACCCUCACCUGGGCGCACUCGAUGGAGAGGCUCUGGCUCGAGCUCUUCGACGAGCGCGUCCCGAAGGCGUUUCGGCCGGCGUCGCCGGGCGACCGCGGACUCGGCGCUUGCUUUGGCGCCACAUGCAACCUCAACCAGUGGGCGAUGGACUUCCGCGGCAACCUGGAGCGGAUCGAGGCGUCCAUCCGCGAGGCCAAGGCGGCAGGGUGCACCUUCCGCACCGGGCCGGAGCUCGAGGUGACGGGCUACUCGUGCGAGGACUCGUUCCUCGAGGCGGACACGCUUGCGCACGCGUGGGAGUCGCUAGCCGCGCUGCUCGCCUCAGACCUCACCGACGGCAUCCUCUGCGACAUCGGCAUGCCGGUGAUGCACCGGAACGUCUCGUACAACUGCCGCGUCGUGCUGCUCAACCGGCGCGUGGUGGGCGUGCGGCCAAAGGUGUGCCUCGCCAACGACGGCAACUACCGCGAGAUGCGGUACUUCACGCCCUGGUUCAUCGACCCCACCUCUCCUGGCUACGGCGCUCUCGAGCAGUACUACCUGCCGCGCAUCGUCCGCGAGUUGACCGGCCAGCGGACAGUGCCAAUCGGCAUCUUCGCCGCGCUCGACACCGCCCUCGCCUUUGAGACUUGCGAGGCGCUCCUCCCCUCUGGCCGCGCCAUCCCUGCGGGCGGCGUCUACCUCUACGCCAACCAAAAGGGCUGCGACGGCGGGCGGCUGUACUUCGACGGCUGCGCGAUGGCGUGGGUGAACGGCGAGUGCGUCGCGCAGGGCUCCCCGUUCGAGGGCCUGGACGAGGUGGAGGUGGUCGUCGCGACAGUCUCGCUGUCGGACGUCCGCGCCUUCCGGGCGAGCUUCAUAGCGCGCUCGAGCCAGGCGGCCUCCGCCGCCUCGAUCCCUCGCGUCGAGGUCGACUUUGCGCUCACGCUUCCGUACGCGGACCAGCUCUGCAGUGCGCCGUCGCGCCCCUCGCCGCCGCGGCUGCACAGCGCCAUGGAGGAGAUCGCCCUUGGGCCGUCGGGGUGGCUGUGGGACUACUUGCGCCGCUCGGGGCAGCGCGGCUACUUCCUCCCCCUCUCGGGCGGCGCUGACUCGAGCUCGACCGCCGCUCUGGUGGCGAUCAUGUGCCAGCGAGUUGUCGAGGAGCUGGGCGCGGGAUCGGAGCGGUCGCGGUCGCGCGUACUCGCCGACGUGCGGCGCGUCACCAAGCGGGCCGACUACACGCCGCCCGACUGGCGCGACUUGUGCGGCAAGGUGCUCGUGACUUGCUACAUGGCGUCCGAGUUCUCCGGCGCCGAGACGCGGGCGCGCGCGGCGCUACUCGCCGAGCAGAUAGGCUGCCUGCACACCUCCAUCAGCAUCGACGGCAUGCGGUCUGCCGCCCGCUCCCGGAUGGUGAUGGCGUACUUUAUGGCGCAGCUGAUGCCGUGGGCGACCGACGGCGACGAGACGACGGCGGGCGGCUCGCUCCUCGUGCUCGGAUCCGCGAACGUCGACGAGGCGUUGCGCGGCUACUACACAAAGUACGACUGCUCGGCCGCAGACCUGAACCCGAUCGGCGGCGUCAACAAGCGCGACCUCAAGGCAUUCCUCGAGUGGGCCGGACGCGAGCGAGGGAUCGGGGUGCUCGCGCGCGUCGCCGACGCGCCCCCCAGCGCCGAGCUGACGGGCGCCGAAGGCGCGCAGCUCGACGAGGAGGACAUGGGCAUGUCGUACGACGAGCUGGCCGCGCUGGGCUAUUGCCGCAAGGUCGAGCGGUGCGGGCCGCUCUCGACCUUCCUCAAGCUGCGCGACCGCUGGGCCGACGGACGCGCGCUCACGCCGUCCAUCCGCGCGAGGGGCGCCGCCGCGCCGGUCACGUUUGACGAGCAGGUCGCGCAGAAGGUCAAGGACUUUUACUUUUACCACGCGAUCAACCGGCACAAGAUGACGACGCUCACGCCGUCCUACCACGCGGAGAGCUACUCGCCCGACGACAACCGCUUCGACUUGCGCCCCUUCCUGCAGAAUGCGCGGUUCGACGAGCAGUUCAAGGCGAUCGACGAGGCGGUGGCGGCGGCCAAGGCGGCGCGUGGCGAGAGUUGAGCGUUGUGGCCCGCCCCGCCGCGUUUUUGUGUGAGAGGCUCGGAAGCCUGUCGUGUGUCGACCGGAGACGGGGGGUCCGGUUCACCUCCGCAGUCGGCUCUACUCAUAUGGAAUUUAAGGGCAGCCGAUACAGAU